AUGGAAGACUCGUUCGCAAGUGACUAACUUGAGAAUAAUAACGAAGCUCAAAGUAAUAAUGCCGAUUAGAGCAAUUACUAAUCUCUCUAAAGAUAAAGCACUUAAUCUUAAAAUAAUCAUGUGCCAAUAAGAAAACUCUCUAGUAUGAACUUAAAAGAGUGCAGAAUAUGUUUUUUGACCAACAAUUAAGAGGACAUUCUGAAUAAUCCAUGCCAAUGCAAAGGAAGCAUGUCCUUUGUGCACGAAUAAUGCUUAGUCAAAUGGAUUACAUAGCAGAAUAUUAGAAUAUGUGAGCUGUGUAAAUCUCCAUUUAACAUGCUAGAGGAAUAUAUAGGAUUUAAAUAGCUAAUCAAGAACAACUUCUAGUAUUUAAUCUCAGACAAGCGACGUAUAUUGAAGCUUGGAAUUUACUUGCUGUAUUUAUACUUAUUUGGCAAGAGACUAAUUCUUAUAUUCCAGUACUUCAAAAACUUCCUCAAAUACUACCUUAAGAUAAUAUUCAACCAUACCAAGGCAAAGCUUAGACAAUCAAAGAUAGAUGCCAAUUAAUUGACAAGAUUACAAAAGCUCAAGCUUGCUUUUUAUAAGUUUUUGGGAUUCUUAAAGUUUAUUUACAGUCUUUUCAUAGCAGUGUAACUUGGCUAUUUAGGAUGGAACGAAUCAUAAAGAAUAUAAGGUUUAAUAAAAUUUGUAAUAAACAACUCUAAGAUGAUCAGAAUUAAAAGUGGGUAGGCUUAGAACAUCAAUUAGUAGUAAUGA